AUGGCCACAAAUUCACGAAAGCGCUCUCAUGAUGACGAGCAAAAGCUUCAACAGCACGCUGCUAACGCCACAGAUGAUGAAGUUGCUCAAGAUAGGCCUAUCAAGAUAUCAAGCUCCCAGACUGACGACAACGAUUCCGAAUUGCCAAGCACGUUUAAAAUUACACAGCCCAUGAUGCCUCCGCCGUUAAAGCCAGCAGAUCCCUCACAGCGAGAGGAGCAACAGCCUCCUCGAUCCGGCCAAGGUAGUCAGAAACCUCGUGACGCUCAGACAGAUCUUGCGUCGACCCAAGCAAAAGCUUCGCAAUUGGAAGAUGUAACGAGCGAAUCUACCAUUCCAGACGAUGAAGAAGUGCUGCACUCACUCAUGCCGAGCGAACCACAAGACGAAAUCGCAGACUUCGACUGGACGGAUCUGCAGGCUCGUUAUCAUGAUAGAAUGACAGAGCUCCAGCACAACGAGCUGAAGAUCGUGGACGAGUUCAGUCAGCUUUGCGAUUUCUUUGGUAUUUGGGCAGAUUCGAUGCAGACGCACGAAGUAGGACGCAGCUUCAAGAGACUGAAGACACAAACGGCAUAUGUCCGACACGAGGAAGACGAGCUCGAGCAGAAACGAGGUCAUUAUAUCAAAGUGGUCGAUGCGUUCAAAAGUGCGCUUCAGCUCCUCGGAACAUGA